AUGGCCUCUCUUUGGGAGACUGGUGCAUAUGCUUUCCGUGCUCUUGGUUCCAAGAAUCAACAAUCUGCCGGCAUUGCAACUGUUGCUCAGAUCUUGGUAUUGGUAGCUCCCAUCUGGGUCAACGCCUUUGCAUACAUGGUCUUCGCCCGCAUUGUCCACUUCUACUCGCCCACUCGAAAAGUCUGGUACCUAUCGCCUUCCGUCCUCGCUCUCGUCUUUGUGACUCUCGACAUUGUCUCGUUUGUCAUUCAGCUUGUCGGUGGUGGUAUGGCUGGUCCCGGCGCAACUCCCGAGGCACAACGGAAAGGCUUGAACUUAUACAUGGGUGGUAUUGGCAUGCAGGAAGGUUUUAUUGUUCUGUUUACGGGCUUGGUCAUCAAGUUUCACCGUGAUCAGAUCCAGGCAGAACGAGUCGGACGUUUGGCUGCAGACAAGAUUGGUGGCUGGAGAUGGUUGACUUGGGCACUCUACGGAUGCUUGUUGGCCAUCACCAUUCGCAUCAUCUACCGCCUAGCCGAGUUCUCCGGUGGUCUAGGCACGAACAAUCCUCUUCCCAGUAACGAGCCUGUGUUGUACGUCCUCGAGUCUGCACCAAUGUGGUUGGCUAUUCUUGUGUGGAACAUUGUCCAUCCUGGUCGUUUCAUUCAUGGCCCAGACGCCAAGAUGCCGCGCUCAUGGCUGUCUCGCCAUCUCUGCUGCUGCUGUGGCAAACGCCGCUGCGACGAUUGCAAUGGCAAGGUUGGCCAUGCUGGUCCUCACCACCACCCCUUGGUAAAUGACUCGGAGCUGGAGGAGAACCGAGAAAUGCAACCUGUUAAGAAAAAGCACCGAGGUCGUGUUUCUGUCGCACAGGUCAACCCGUUCAUGGACACACCAUCUCGCGACAAUUCUCCAAACGCCCUUCGUCCUCCACCAGCUGCCAACAACUAUCGCGAAGCUAGUCCCGAGGCACCAUCAUACACUGCAUACCGUCCUCACCGAGGCUGAAGAGAAACGAUCAAACCCCUUCAGUUCCCCACUUCUACAGCAAGUCAACGCGAAAGCAGACUGUGCCUCAUGAAUAGAUAGCGUGAAGACAUGUGCAGGAUGAGCUCCAGGGUCAACUGCGUCAGGCACGUUAGAUAAUCAGAUACCGUUGAAUAUGAUGUGCAUCAGCAAUUAAAAAGCAAUCAUGAUUCCCACAAUAGAUUGCCCUGGAAAUGCCAGAGCAUACAA